AUGGCAGCAGCCGCAUUCGAGUUCGUGCAGGGCAACGAGCGGCUCGACUGGGGCGUGCUGGUGGCUAUCGAUGUGCAGCGGCUGAUCAAGGACACAAACGUCGACACGCUGCAGCGCGUUGUAGAGAAUCUCGCCUUUGCACGCGUCACACGCGAUGAGGCGGCGAUGUUCACACCGGAGCACACGCUGCACCUCUUCACGUUGUGCCAGCUGGUGAUUCAGUACCUUGUGCGCUCGCAGGAGUGCCUCGCAAAAAUCAACGUGAAGCUCAGUGAGCGUGUGCAGGGGAUGCAGCACCGCUGCGACACCUCAGAGGCGGAGCGGGAGCGGCUGCAUGAGGAGAACGUGGUGCUGCGCAAGGAGGUGAAGGCGCAGCGGCGCACACUUCUGGCGUACGAGUACGCCAAGACAGCAGGUGGUGUUGGUGGGCCAGCAGGAGUAGCAACCGCAGGACACCCGUACGUCUGUCCACACUGCGGAGACGCCUACGCGAAGCAGGAGUCUCUUCAGUCACACAUGCGGAAGCGACACAGCAAGCCGGCGGUGGCGGAAACAGCAGCAGCUCCGCAACCACAAGAGCAGAAGCAGCAGGUGUUGCAGGCGGAGUACGAGGCGCAGACAUCGCAGGUGCGUCACCUGCAAGAGAAGUUGGACCGUCUGGAGAAGCUCUUUGAUCGGGAGAAGGAGCGUAACGAUCUUCUUCAGCGCGAGAGUAUGAUGAUGAUGAUGCAGGCCACGCUGGGUGGGGCACGGACUGCGCAAGAUCAACAACAGCAGCAGCAGCCUGCGCCACCCGAACCGACAAAGCGGGAGGAGCCGCUGGCACGAUUGCCGCAGGCCCACGCCGCUCCUUUGGUGGUGUCGCCGGAGAUCUCCGCCAUUCCCGUGAUGCCGGACGUUGCCGCGAUGCAGCGGUACAAUAUGUCACGGCAGCAGGAGACCACUAACAACGCCCUGCUGCGGCAGAUCGCGGAGCUGGAGAAGGCGGUUCACGACUUGAAGAGCGCGAAAAAGGCGACGGCGGAUGGGUCUACGACUACCACUACUACUACUGCUACAGCGGCAGCAACCGCGCCGACGUGCACCCCAUCGUGGCUGACCGCGCCAGGGGUUCCCUCCCCGUCAGAGCGCGCAGGCGCCAGUGUCGCCGCUGAGCAACAGAAGACGCAAGGGAGUGUUGCUGCACCACAGCAGCCACCACCACCGCCACCGCCACCACACCAACAACAGCCUGCAUUGGCAAACGCAGCACCGCCUCUUCUGCCAGCCGCGCCGCCGCCUCAACAGCAGGUGCAGGUGCCGCCGCCCCCCACUUCGUCCGUCCCUGCCUCUGUUGGCCUGCAGCUGCCAGCACAGCAGCAGCAGCAGCAAAUGCAGGUGCCGCCACCUCCUACUUCUGCUAUUCCUACGCCUGUCGCUGUGCAAUCUCCUCCACAACUACAGCAACAUGUGCAAGCGCCGCCGGUCCCCACAUCAGCCCUCAGUGUCCCCGCGGCCGUGGCACCGGGACCACUACCGUUACAGCCGCAGCAACAACCACAACAGCAGCCACAGCAGCAGGUUCCCCUUGCCCCCGCUUCCACUUCUAUUGGUGGUACUUCCAAAGUGCCGGGAUCCUCGGGUUCCGCUUAUACAGCCGCGACGUCCUCUUUUCUCAGCAAAUCCAACGACCCACUUCCUGUCACGGCAGAGUCGCUGAGCGUAUGUUCGGUGUCCCCUCCAACGACUGGAUCAGCCCCGCUAUCAUCUCCGUCUGUGGCAGCCGCCUUGCCUGCGAUGAGUGAUGCGUUGCUAGCAAAGUAUGGCCCCCCAGGGCCCGCCCUUCUCCCGUGGAACUUGGAAAAGCAGCCACAUGCUCCACUCGCAAAUUCGCCACCUGUUGCAUCGACCGUACCACAAUGGCUUCGCUCAGACACCAAUCGUGAUGACGGCGGCGUGCAUGCGUCAACGGUGGCGGGAAACGUCAAUCCUCCGGGUAGUCACGUGCCGCUAUCCGCGAAAGCGCCUGUGCCAGUACCAGUGCCCGUAUCUGCCGCAACAGGUGCGCCUCCGUCGUCGUCGUCGUCGCCGCCACCGGUAUCGCGCCUGCAGACGGAGAAAUUUUUGUCGCAGCCGACGUACGCAAGCAUCGUGGCGGCGUCGGCCCCUCCCUCUGUGCGGCCCGCCGUGCCAGGUGUGCCUGUUCCCACGCCUGUUGGCGCAACGAACCGCCUUGGUGGCCCCCUGGUUUCGCAAGCCCAGCCGGUUGCUGCAGCAGGUCCGUCGUACAGCAAUGCGGUAACGGUGUCGGCGACAGGCGUACCACGCCCUGUGGUGCCGGCAGCAAGAGUGGCAGCGCGCCCUCUCAGCAGCGGGAGCUCGUCUUUUGAGAGCAGCACGUCAUCCGACGAGUAG